UUCGCGAUUCGGUUCGAUCGAAUCGCUAAGAAGAACCGAUUCAACAGAGCGAUUUGUUGGCGAAUCGAACGCCGCCGCCGCUGUUCUUUGUCCUCGCGGUGACUGACUGCAUAUGAUCCCGCUGAAUGUACAUUAUUUAUUCAUCCGUUUACAGUCUGUAUUCAUCAAACAGAAGAUCUGAAGGAUGGUGUUAGUUCAUGUCGGAUAUUUGGUUCUUCCUGUCUUUGGCUCAGUGAGAAAUAGAGGAUCUCAUUUUAACAGGCAUCAGCACAGUCAUGCUACCUCUUGCCGGCAUUUCCACGUAGGCCCCCAGGCCCAGAUCCCUGUUGAUUUCCCAAUGCCCCAUCCAGGACAAUCUCAGACGGGAAUGAGCCAUCACCUCGGCCCUGCGCACCAGCCAGCCGGGGCAUUACAUCCACCCCUCAACCACAUACCAGCACCACCGUUCCAGGACAUCCCGGCCCCGCCCUUCCUACCUCAGGCUUUACACCAGCAAUACCUCAUCCAGCAGCAGAUCCUGGAGGCCCAGCACAGGAGGAUACUUCCACAGUCCAGCAGACAUGCUCCAGACCGAACCCUUCCCCAUCCGCAGACGCUGCGGCCACCGUAUGAAUACCCAACAUCCAUUCACAUUCCCCCACCGCCGCCGGUGCCGCAGCAGCCCCGCUAUCUUGCCGAAGGAACAGACUGGGAUCUGAGUGUGGAUCCAGGCCUGCCGCAGUACCACGUCUCUCCCCUCACUCAACAUUAUCAGCAUUACCUGACCUCUCCACGACUGCAUCACUUCCCCAGGAACACCACCUCAGCACAAGUGGUUGUCCAUGAGAUCAGAAACUACCCAUAUCCUCAGUUACAUCUGCUGGCUCUCCAAAGCCUCAGUCCAUCUCGCCAUGCGUCUGCUGUGCGGGAGAGUUACGAGGAGCUCCUGCAGUUGGAGGACAGACUGGGCAAUGUGAACAGAGGGGCUGUGCAGACCACCAUCGAGAGGUUUACCUUUCCUCACAAGUAUAAAAAGAGAAGACCUCUAGAGCUGAAGAUCGGCAUGGAUGAAGAGGAGCUCGACACGGAUGAGAAAUGCACAAUAUGCCUCUCGAUGCUUGAAGACGGAGAGGACGUCAGGAGAUUACCCUGCAUGCACCUCUUCCAUCAGGCUUGUGUUGACCAGUGGCUGGCAACCAAUAAGAAGUGUCCCAUCUGCAGGGUAGACAUUGAGACGCAGUUGUCCCCCGAUAGCUGAUGUCUCGUGUAGCGCUAGCUAAAAGUCCUAUUGUCUUUCUUCGUCCCCUCGUGGGUACUUUGCCAAAUGUGUGUCAUCUCCAUCACCUCUCACCUCUGACCUUUGCCUUCUGAGCCAACUGACGAUGUAGAACAGGGAAAAAGAAAAGCGCUGAAGGAGUCCAGCACAUGGAGAAGAACGAGUCUGUCGAUGAUGAAGAUGGUUUCAGUCAAAGUGCUCUGUAUGCGUGUGUGUAUAGGACGGCGAAUGCCGCUCUGAAUGAUCUCAUAUGAAGACCAACCAAAUGUUCUCAGUGUUCAGUAGGUCAUGGAUGAAGCAUUACAGCAUGAACACCACAAAGUCCGACACAUUACACGUGGUUGGUCAUGAACUUUAAACGUAGUUGAACGAAUCAUUUGUGAAAAAAAAAACAAACAACGGGAAUCAAAGACAUUAGCGAACGAGAGAAGCGUAAGAGUAGAACAAUGACCCUGUGUUUAAAAAAGCUCCGUCGUCGUGUCUGUAAUUAUCGGAGGUGAUGCUUGACGUCUGUAUGUAACCGUAAGGCCAGGCUUGAUAUGAACCGUGACAGUCCGCAUUUUGUGCUCGUGAUGCCUCCGACUCUUAGAAACGUAUCCACCAAAUGCAUGUUGAAGCGAGAGGCCGGGGUUCUUCUGACGAGAGGUCGACGUGCAUGAGGACGUUUCCCGCGCGAUAUUCUACUAAUCCUGAAGACACUGUGUUCUCGAUGCGUCUCUGAAGUCACUACGAGUGAAAUAUGUACCUUAAUGCCUGUAGCACAAGCACACGUUGAAUAGUAACGGCAUAACUCUGUGUUUCCAUUCGCUCUGUGACUCGUGGUCUCGCUUGGUCGUAAAGCAGCAUCUGUAGAGUCAUAAUGUGCAUGAAACCUGUUUGCUGCCAUUUCUAGAGGACAUGACAAGGGAGUAAAGCCAUUUGUUUUAUAGAAACCAAACAUAACUUUUCUAAGCUGUACUUCAUGAUCACUCUUCCUCGUUUGAUUUCUUCUUUUUCCUACUGUUGCCAACCUGUGUGCGGGGCUGGCACAGCUUCUCGACAUAAGUAGCUGCAAUGCUGGAAAAAACAAACAAGUUAUUUAUUGUCGUCUUAAUGUAGUUAGUGGUUAUUUUUGUAAAUGCACUCACUUUCUGAUGAGGUCGUGUGAUUGUUCCUCUUUCCCUGCUUUUGCAUUUGCACUCAGUUUCCUUGCGUAACGUGCACUCCAUCCAAAAAAAAAAAAAAAGAAGAAACGAAAAACAAACAAACAAGGGAACGGACUUUUUAACAGCACAGUUUCUUUGCGUAACGAUAGUUGUUGCCUCACUGACCACUUUAAAUGUACGUGACUGUUUUUUCGUAGCAUUUCAGAUGUCUUUGUAGUGCGUUCGACGAAAUAACCUUCUUGACUUUGCUUUCGAAACUUUUCCAGAAUUCAAGCGUUCAGCUGCUUGGAGGCCAAGAAGUUGGAAGCGUUUUCUUGUUUUCGAUCAGUGAGCGUCCGCCGUGUAUCGCGUGAAAUUUUUUCUCAUCGUCCGUCUGCGUUUUAUAGUUUACACAUGAUAUUGUGCGUCGAAAUGCCUUAAGUAUUUAACAAUCAUAAUUUAUGACUAACUUUACCUACUAUGGGUGCGUAUUUAAGUUCUGAACUAGUAUCGCAAUGUAAUCGGUCGGUUUAUUUAUUUACGUCAGCAUAACGUGUGUAUAAAUACCUCAUUGUGCUAUACUUUAAUGGGAGUGCUUUGCAUGCGGUUGUACUUUAAGGGACAUAAGUGUCAAAACAAGCUAAAAUCCCUCCAAGGGCGUGCUGAAAUGUGCUAGUAUGUGGUGCUGUAGUUUUUUUGGUUACAUUCCAUUAAUGCAAUUUCAGCUGUGAGCUCGUAGGCAAACUGUUCAAUGGACUGGAAUUGUUUUGCAUGUCUCUCCUGUUUUUGCACUCUCGGCUUUGCUGCCCUCUCACUGGCAUCCUGCGAACGUCGUCCGCUCGUCUUGUCGCUCUGAACCGAGUCGACGAUUCCAGGCCGUGAAUCUGUUUUCAGUGUUUUCAGUAGUGAGGAGUGAGUUCAGCGCUUACUGUGAUUGAUUAUAGCUGCUUGUCUUGUGCCCAUCUGGCUUUAACGUUCGAUUACAGCCGGCCAUUGUACGCUGUAUUUUUUAAUCGGGAUUUAAAGUGAUGCUUAUUUUUCCCAUUAAGUAGCAGAUUUCCUUUACUUUUCUUUACGUAUCGGUACUUCAUAAGAGGGGCUUUAAAUGUCUGAAUGCAGGUCGUGUUUUGGUACAUUCUAGCGUAGCUGCCGUACGUUUGUCAUAUUUCGCGAUUUUAGCGCGCCAGGUUAUUUAGCUUCAAUCCCCCAAAUAUCAAUCUGCCAAUACGGUGUUGUGUUUUACACUACCGAUACGGCAGAUGACUCUUAUUUCCGGUGAAAUAAGCGUUUUUCCUGCCAUACGAAACACUCUGUUCCUGGAAUACUCGUUAUUGUCUACACACUUAGAAAUCGUUGCACCGAAAUAGACAAAAAAGAACAAUGGCUUUAUAUUUUAUGAUUUGUGUUUCUAGCCUGUGUAGCCUUAAAGUCUCUUGAUUUGAUCCAUCUCUCCAGCAGAUUUUGGACAUAAGCAAUAGUAGUAUCAUGUUUCGCUAACAGACUGAACCGUAGAUCCUAAAGCACAAGCUCUGUAAUGCAUGUCUUUCUCAGGUUUUAAUAUGCGUAUGAGAAUGGAUACAUAUGUUAAAAUAUUUUACCAUAAAUAUUUCUGAUGUUUUUCUGCUGCUGACAUAAAAAGAAAAAAAAAAAAAAAUAGUUGAAUAACCUGCCAGUGAAAGGGAAGUGGCUCUUUGUAUAAGACACUGCUGUGUGCUGUUACUGCGCAAUGUUUUCUGACAUGAAUAUUUUAUAGCUCAAGUAGAAAAAUAUGUAUUGACAAUAUUUAAGCAAUAGCUUGGUGAUUAUAAUGUAUGAUAACUAGAUAAGUGUAUAUUGCGUUAAAAAAAGAAAAUCUUAGAUUCACUUUUGGUGGAUUUUGUACUGUAUUUAUUACUAAUGAUGAUGCAAAAAGUUGCAUAGCUUAACCCAAAUUUUCUUUCUUUUUUAAUUUCUUGUCUUGUAUAUGACCCUUUUUGUAUGUGUUUUUUCAAAUAAAAAUGUCGAAAAUGCCUCAAAAUAUUUUUCAUUGUUGUUUCGUGCACAGUUAACAUGUCAUCUACAUGGUGAAUAUUAAAUGGACUGAUAGUCUAAUAGCGCUGUGGUCAAGAGCCGUUAAAUAAGGAACUUGAACAUGUUUGCUUAAGGACCUGUCCUAAUUCUUGUGGUCUUGCCCACUUGAGAACACAUAUACACAACAGGAAGCGUGCAAGAGGUCAAGCCUCAGGUCAAAGGUGAGUGUCCUUAGUGCACACUAAAGCCACAACAUCUAUAAGGGUGCGUCUCAAAUGGAAGGCUAUAUACUACCAAGGCUUCGUCCAAACUAGUUCAGUUCUUCAGAGGAUUGUAGACUCCUCUGUGUUAAACACUAGAAUAAGACGGUGUAGUAAGUCACGUAUGUUUCCACCCUCUCCGUCAUGGCAUGAAAAUACUAAUAAAACUUUAUUUUGGAAAAAUACUUUGUAUUACAAAUCUUUAUAUUAUUUGGCUUUCUAUUAAUGCAAUACAAUGAAUUACAGCCAUCU